AUGGCAUAUGUAAAUGCGAUAGCCCCUGGUGGUUGCGUAGAUCCAUCCGGUCACAUCCCUAGUUCAAGUCAAACGGCAGAUGUGUAUUCAAAGCUAGUCAACGUGGACUUCCAACUCGUCAAGACCUCUAUAGGCGCGGCCCUCAAGGUCACUGUAAUAGCAGGAGUCGUUGCCGCUACUUAUGUCGUCGCGGAAGUCAUCAAACUCUUUGUAAAACCCCUGUUCUCGUCUCAUCGACGACUUCGGGGACCACCUUCGGCCUCGCUGAUAUUUGGGCACAUGUUAGUAGAGGCGGAUAUUGCCGUCAGUGGGGAGAAAUAUCAUCCUCAAGAGCUAUGGCGGCGAGAAUACGGGCAUAUCUUCAAAACGAAUGCGUUCAUGG